AAGCAGUUGAUUACGAGUGUGUGUGCAGCAGGUGCUAACGAUAUGUCUCAGGUCUGGGAGGUAGUGAUCCUAGUCCUAACUACGCUGAGCCAAGACUCACUGACCCAAAGGAUCAUUGGGGGCCAAGAAGUCAUACCUCAUUCCAUCAAGUACCAAGCAUCUCUUCAAUAUGAGAGAAAUCACUAUUGUGGAGGCAUCCUGAUCCACGAGGAAUGGGUGGUGUCUGCUGCCCACUGCUGGAGACCGAGCAGCAUCAUUCAGGUGGUUCUGAGUGCACAUAAUCUGAUGGCUGAGGAUGGAUCUGAGCAAGUUUUCAAUGUGUCCAAGAUCAUAUCCAACCCUACCUACAACCCGAAAACAUACAAUAGUGACAUCAUGCUCCUGAAGCUGAGUCAACCAGCUGUUCUAAACGCAUAUGUCCAGCCGGCUCCUCUCCCAGAUGAGAGUACACCUCUGCUAGUUGCUGGAAAUACCUGCACAGUGAGCGGCUGGGGCGUCACACGCAUCUACAGCUUCUACCUGUCCCCCGUGCUCCGUGCUGUGGAUGUGAACUACAUCCCCAUCUGCCAGUACUACUACCAUUUCAGGGUCAAUGGGAACAUGAUAUGUGCUGGAUCUCACUUCGGAGGCAAAGACUCUUGCCAAGGUGACUCAGGGGGACCCCUCAUGUGCAAUGGCUUUCUGGAAGGCAUUGUGUCCUGGGGAAUAGGCUGUGCCAAUCCCUACUACCCAGGUGUCUACACCAAAGUGAGGAAUUACAACAAGUGGAUCACUGGGAUCAUCACAAGUGACAGCCAGUCCUAAAAAAAUUAGGAAAAGUUUUAGAUUCAGACUAAAAUCAAGUCUCAAUUAUAAGGGGCUUUAAGAAUAUGCAUAUAAGACAAAACGCUGGAAUCAUGUUAAUUUAGCUUGAUCUGCGGAAAAAAAACAGCCUUGGCAUAUAUCCACAUACAUAAUUCAUUAACUAAUUAAAGACUACUGAGUUCUGCUGAAACAGCAGUGUCUAGAUUAAUGAUCAUAUAAUGUCAAAGCACAUUUUAAUUUCAUCCUUUUCUGUCAUAUGCCAGCUUUAAUUUGUGAACAUGGUGA